AUUUGUGGUUUGUAGCGUGAGCUUGUGUAGUUGUGACUUCUCGGGCUAUUGGCUAGCAGCACCCCACUUCUCGUGUGUGAAAUGGCCUUGUUAUUCAAAACCGCAGCCCUGCUUUUGAAGCCGACACGGACUCUGCCCUCCACUCUCAAAGUCGUUCGUCAUUACAGCGCAGGUGGCCAGUAUGAGUACAUCAUUGUGGAGAAGCGUGGACAGAAACUGGAUGUGGGCUUCAUCCAGUUGAACCGCCCCAAAGCUCUGAACGCUCUGUGUGAUGGACUGAUGAUCGAGCUAGGAAAAGCUCUGGAUGCAUUUGAGGCCGACGGAACAGUUGGUGCCAUUGUUCUAACUGGCGGUGACAGGGCCUUUGCAGCUGGCGCUGACAUCAAGGAGAUGCAGAAUCGCACCUUCCAGGAGUGUUAUUCUGGUAACUUCCUGGCUCAUUGGAACCGUGUCUCUACCGUCAGGAAACCAGUCAUCGCUGCUGUCAAUGGGUUUGCUUUGGGCGGUGGCUGUGAACUGGCUAUGAUGUGUGACAUUAUCUAUGCAGGAGAGAAGGCUCAGUUUGGACAGCCAGAGAUCCUUCUGGGCACCAUCCCAGGGGCCGGUGGCACUCAGAGACUAACCCGGGCUGUGGGGAAAUCUCUGGCUAUGGAGUUGGUUCUUACUGGAGACCGGAUCACAGCACAGGAGGCUAAGCAGUCAGGUUUGGUGAGUAAGGUCUAUCCUGUAGACCAGUUGGUGUCAGAAGCCAUUAAAUGCGGGGAGAAGAUUGCAGCUAACUCCAAGAUUGUGUCUGCCAUGGCUAAAGAGGCUGUCAAUGCAGCGUAUGAGCUGACACUGGCUGAGGGGAAUCGACUGGAGAAGAGGUUAUUUCACGCUACCUUUGCCACGGAAGAUCGAAAGGAGGGCAUGACAGCGUUUGUAGAGAAGAGAAAGGCUGAUUUCAAGGACCAGUAGAGUGGUGCAAAUGCAGAAUCCAUCAAACCAGAGCUGGGUUAGCUAAAUUUAUUAUCAGGCUUAGUUGAUCGUCAGAACUAUACAAAUAAUCGUUAUGAUUUCAUGGUUAAUUCUACAUUUACAUUUUAUGCAUUUAGCGGACACACUAAUCCAGAGACUUGCAGUUUGUUCUAACGAUGAGCAGACCCAUAAUGUGCUUUUGGAAAACUGGCUCCAGGAAGAGAGUCUCAGAUCUAGGAGUUCCCGAAGACUACAUCUGCAUUAGAUGUCUUUGUUCAAAACUGAUUGGGGAUUUGACCAGUCUUCUCAACUGGACAGUAGUGUGAAGCUCUGAAUUUGACAUGCUGUCUUUAAGUUAGAAUUCGGCCCUGAAUGACAUCAAGACACUAUCAUGCCUUAUCACCAUUUUAUACCCUGAACGCAGUGUUCAGUACAGUAGUGUUUUUGUCUGUAAUAUGUUUUAGGUGAUGAUCAGCCAUAGCAAAAACAAAUAUCUUGUUUUUGAAUGGUAUAGAACAAGAGAUAUCAAUCAGAUAAACACUAACACAGCCUUUUCACUGUCUAAAUGACAAAUAUAUUUUUCCUAUGUACAUUUUGAAAAUAAACUUUGAUGUAUCUG